AUGGCCUCAAGAAAGACCGUCAACCGACGUCAGCGUCCUCAGAGGGCCACCUCCAAUGUCUUUGCCAUGUUCGAUCAGGCUCAGAUCCAGGAGUUCAAGGUUUGAAAGUUGUUAAGCAUUAUUAUAAUUGGAAAAUAAACAUGGAAGAUGUAAAAAAAUAUUGUGGAAAAAUUGGUUGGAGAAGAAAAAAAAUAUUUUUUUCCAAAAAAACUUUAGAUUCAGAAGUUCAAAGUUAACAAUUUUUUUGGCAGCGGUUUGAUGCUGAAGUUUUUCAAAAUUAAAGAAAAGGUUUUUUUAAAAUCAAGUUAUAUAAACAGCAACAAUCCUGAAGAAAAAAACUCAAUAAUUCCCAUUUUUUCAAUCGGAAACUUCAAAAAUAAAAAUUUCCAGGAAGCCUUCAACAUGAUCGAUCAGAACCGUGACGGUUUCAUCGAUCAGGAAGAUUUGAAAGACAUGUUCGCCUCACUGGGUACUUUCUUUAGGAUGAAAAAAAGAUGAGAAUAUUUUUAGGAAAGGAAGUCGGGGAGCAGUUCAUCGAGGCGAUGAUCCGCGAGGCUCCUGGCGGCCAGCCAAUCAACUUCACCAUGUUCUUGACGCUUUUCGGAGAGAAAUUAACGGGUAAAUAAUCUGGGAAAUAUCCUGAGACCUUGGCAACAUAAACGGAUGUCUCUGAGCGCUUCUAGGGAUCACUUAAGGGUUUAGAGUUCGCUAGAGGGCUCACUUGAAGUUCUUAAGAAUAUCCGGUUCUCGUUGCGAAGGUUUGCGGGAGGCGAAAAAUCCAGAAUCACCCCCUCCUCUCCGCGUUCUAACAAGCUCCCCCCCCCCCAAGCUAAGUUUCGAUCUUGUGGGGAGGGACAACAAAAUUUUUUCAUGAAAUCUUUUUCAUUUCUAACUUUUCAUGAUACUCGGCCAGGGACACAUAUUAUAAAAAAAUUGUUCGAUUUAAAAAAAUAACGAUUCGUUGCAAGACCUAUAUUUAGUGUGGGGAUCUAGGUAUUUGGGGGGCUUUUUUUCGAACGGCUCGUAGGGAGGGGGAAUGGGGGAAGCGAUAUCCAACUUUUUGGGGGAGAGGGUUAUAUACUGUAACAUACCCGAGAUUUUGAAUUUCAAGUCGUCGCUCAAGCUCCGCCCCUAAUGAACCAAUCAGAGGGUUCAAAGCGUUUUCGAAUGACGUCAUUGUACUUGACUAUCAAAAUCUGAACAGAAUAUUUCGAAAAAUAAACGAAAAAGAUAAAGGCGCAUAGACAGCACCUCAAACGGGCUUUCGACGCGAAAUCAUAAUUUUCCCUGGCCCAAGCUUAAAAUGAGCGUGAAAAGGCUACAGAGCUUUUUCACAUGAAAAAUUGGCAAAGAUUAAUUUUUUUGAAAGGAAGGAGAAAAAUGAAACUUAAUUUCAAUACUUUCCAGGCACGGACCCUGAAGAAGUGAUACGGAACGCGUUCCAGUGUUUCGACGAGGACAACUCGGGAAAACUGAACGAAGAGCACCUCCGUGAGCUGCUGACCACCAUGGGCGAACGCUACACCCACGAGCAGGUCGAUGAGCUCUUCCGAGAUGCUCCGAUCAAGGUGAUUACCUACAUAAUUAUUCUAAAAGGGGUCUUUUUUGUUAAUAAACCAUAAAUAAUUACAUUUUUUUUCUCAAUUUUUAUGUAACUUUUUUGAAAUUCGUCUUCAGUACUUUGCUUGUUCUCAUCGUCAUAUGGCUUCAUUUUUCGCAGAGUACCCAAAUUCCAAAAAAUCGGUGUUUAACAUUUUUGAGGGCGUCAUUUCUCUUUUCUUGGAAAGGAACUAAGAAAUCGGAGUUUCCAAAAAAAAAAAAAUGAUUUUGAAAAAUUCGGUGAGAGUCCAGGUUCAGUGAAUUUUAAAUAAUUGUAUUGAAGAGCUAUUUUUUCUUUUCUAGUGAGGACUUUUUUUGAUUUUUUUCCUUUUGACUUUUUUUGCAACUAUCUGUUAGUUUCAAUUAAUUAGGCGUAACAAUCGAAAAAAAUUAACUAAUAAUACUCCAGCAAAACUACAUAUUCAGACCAUUUUUUUAAAGGCUUCCAAUCCAUCCUCCUAAAUUUCCUUAAAAUUUCCCCCUCUGAAAUUGAAACCUGUUUUUACUUUUUUGCGUCAUCACCUCCCUGAGCUUACCUUGGUUAGAAUUCAUUUUCGUAGUUUUGAUUAAUUAAUUUUUUUGAGCCAACCCCUCCUGAAAUUAAAUUCUAUACUUUCCCAUGUAUGCUCAUCUUCUAUAUUGACAGAAAUUUCAAGAAAUAAAUUUUCAGAACGGCCAAUUCGACUACGUCGAGUUCACGCGCAUGCUCAAGCACGGCACCAAGGACAAGGAUGAGCAAUAA